CCCGCACCGCCCCUUCCGGCGCUGCCAUGGCGGAGCCGUCGGGGCCGCUCGGGGUGCUGCGGGACGGCGCGGACCGAUACAUCUGUUACUGCCGUCCCGCGCCCGACCCCGGUUCUGCCGCCACCGUCUACGUGACCGACGCGCUGGAGGUUUGGGCCGGGCGGCUCGGCGGGGAUCCGGCGGAGGACGGCGUCGCGGAGCUCAGGGCAGCGCUGUGCCGCGGGGCCGCCUCGCUGGGGCUGCGGGACGGUGCGGCCGCGCUGCGGCUGCGGGAGGGGAACGAGGCGCUGCUGCUUCCCCGGCUGCCCGCUGCCGAGGCGCGGGCGCAGCUCCGGGCGCUGCUGUUCGCCAUGGCCGCCCGCGUCCUGGACCUGGAGGAGCGUCUGGAAGUGCUGGGCGCGCUGAGCUACAGCCCUGAGAAGAGAAUCCCCCAAAGCCAGAAGCCCGUCCUGCCAGAUCCCAGCCCCAGAAAGAACAGGGCUGCUGGCUCCGCUUUGCCAGCAAAGAGGAAGAUCCCGGGAGAGUCCCUCAUUAACCCUGGCUUCAAAAGCAAGUCUACUCCAUCUGGAGUGGACUUUGAAGACUCGUGACUUGUGUUGUUCCACCUUUUCAACAGUAGCCGUGAGGUCUGCCUGCACCGUGCUGCUCUGCAGGUGUGAUGCAUGCAGGGCUGGGAGCUGUGUGGGGCAGGCAGGACCUGCAGGCAGCGCCAGGCAGACUCGAUGGGCAGCAGCUCCUUGGCUGUGCUGGGCACAGCUCUGGGGCAGGUGAGCCAGCGGUGACAAGGUGGUGGCUUUUUGUCUUGCAGCUUUUCCCUGCUGACAGGUGCCACUCCUGUACCCCACUUGCUAUGAGUUGCUGGGGUUUUUUAAAGAGCGUUGAGAGAUAAUUUAUAAAGGUUGUCUGUGCUUGUCUUAUUGCCAGUAAAGAUGGUACCCAGCCAGCA